CAAACCGCAGCGGAGUUUGUGAGUAAUUGUUGGGAUCGAUGUAUCCUUAGAAACCAAACUACACCUUCACCUGCUGCUUCCGAUGGAUUCCCGCAAUCUUCUCCACUUGUUAAUGCCCAAUGCAUGUACCCUGGCCAGGAUAAAAUUGGUCUUAUGGGAGCAGAAGAGAAGUCGAUGGUAUUGAUUCAAGAUAUGAUCAGCCAAGAUUGCGCGUGCCCCGGACAUCUCUUGACCAGACUAAUCUAGGAUCCCGGGGAUGCUUCAUCUGUUCUAUUUUCUAUUCUCAGAAAUAGCAUGCGAGUGUCGGAACAAGUCAACAGAUGGGGAGAAGGAAGGUGUUUGAUACUCGUUCGGAUUGUCCAUGUAAAGCUAAAGCCAGGUUCCAUUUGCAGCAAAAGCGAUGCGCAUUUGUCAACUUCAGCCUUCAAUAGUUGGUGAUUCAACCCUAGAGAGCAACCUAUACGGCAAUAUUUCGGUUCACCAGCCAUAUUUUCCCGACAAUUCAAUCUUAAUAUUCGACCAUGGAUCAUCGUACGAGGGGCAGCGAGCAGCCAGGAGGAUGAAUUCUGAACAAGAGGCAUCUACUUCAGAGGCUACAUACAAACCUCUCCCUUUUGUGGAAGUUUGGUCACCAGAUGGCAGUGUUCGACGCUUUGCUGCUGGAACUAAGGCUCGCUUUGCUCUGGAAAGAAUCAACAGUAAAAUUGGUGAAUCCAACAUGAGGGUUGUUAUGAUAGAAUCGGUCAAAGCAGGGGAACAAACUGUUGAGUUUGGACCAGAUGCUGAACUUGUAUCAUAUGGCAAAGGUUGGAGGUUACGAGCUGUACCCGAUCAGAGCAAUUGCAAAGUUGGAUUGAACAAGCGAAUGAAAGAAAGGAGAUUCCCCCCUAUAGACAGAAAAAAACUUGUAAUUCUCCACAGAAGAAACAUGGUAAACUGGGACAAUACUGACUUGUCAUCCAAGUGGAGUUGGCCAACCGAAACGGACCACUUUCCUUCUCAAAAGCAGAUGAGAGAGCAAGUGUUUGUAGGAGCAAGUUUUGCUGAGAGAAACUCAAUUUUGAGGAAAAUAUAUGGUCCAUCUUCAUACACACCCCGUAGGAGCUAUUCUGGAGAGAAAUCCUAGAUUAUAUACCAUAAUUACUGUGACCAGGAUACUGCAACAUUUUGAAGAGAACAGAAAAUUAGAGAGGAAAGAAUGGGUAAGUGCAAUGUAUUAGAGAAGUAGUCCACCUCAGUCUGAAACUCGGAAUUUGUCCAUAAAACAAACAUAAUGGCAGAAGUUUGUGUUAGAAUAUAUGUACAUAAAAGCAUCAGUUCUGUAUUUCACCAUACUCCAAAGUCCAUGCUUGAGAAGGUUUGGAUAACGCGUACGCUUCUUUCAUCCUUCACAGAAUCAGGUCAAAUCGAAGUCAAAUAAGUGUAAAAAGUUUGGACUUCUUCUCGAACAGAUAUAUUGACCUCAAUUCUGUGAUCAGAAUCUUACGUAGGGAUUCACAAUGAACGCUCAUCCCAAAUGCGGAACGUGACAUCAUUCGAAGUGAAGUGCGAGACGCUUGAAAUAAAAUAACACGCGAUGGAAUGACACGUUCAUCACCAGAUCAUAUGACCUGUUCACUUAUACCAUGUAAACCACUGGUGACCCUCAUACACUGAGAAGAGAUGGUCUUCUAAAUAAACUAAUAGAUUUAUUUGAAGAAUUUGCAUCAGUACUUCAUGGAAAUAUUUAAGUGCGAGAAGCAUUCGUAGAUCUAAACGUGGGUUACGUGAGUUGACCAGCGCAUAUUACUCAAAAAUUUCUUUCCAAAGCGUGAUCUACAUAAACUC